ACCCGAAUCAGUUAGACAGCUCUUAGUCGAUAGAUUCAUGUCCACCGACAAUUCAGAAAGUUUGCAUCUUUGGGCGUAUAAUACCCGACCAGUAGGAGCACACUGGUUGUUGCUUGCUAUCAACCCUAUAAGAGAAGUCGUGUAUUAUCUGAAUUCGGUAAAUGGUGACUGGACCAAUUAUCCGGCUAUGAAGGAAAUCGUUGAUUUAUCAAUACAAGUGUUCCGAAGUCAACGGGACGCACAGGUAUCCCGGACUAAAUCAAACAACAUUACUUGGAUCAAAGUGCAGUGUCCGCAACAGCGAAACAGUUCAGAUUGCGGAUACUUUGUUUUGAGGUUUAUGAAAGAAAUCCUUCAGGCGAAUCAAUUAGAGAUUCCGCUCACGUACCUUGACGAAUUCCGUGCUGCUGGGUACCCGAGACUUAAGUUGGAAGAAAUCAAAGAGGAUUUGUGUCACUUUUAUAUUAAGCAAUUUUUCAUGUAGGAUUUGUGUCGAUUUGAACUAUAAUAUUAUUGAUGUUGUAAUGAUGUAUAUAUAUAAUUUUGGAUAUUAUAAUGGUAUU